AUGCGUCACAAAUUAUAUCUCUGCUGCAUUUCUGUUGCAGGAUCUCAGCAUUCACAGGUUUUCUGAAGUUAGCAAGGUGACGCAGACAGCUAUGGAGCUUCUUCCUCUCGUGUGUGUCUCUCUCCUGACUUGGUCUGGAACAACGUUUGCUGCUGAAAACGAGCCAAAAGUCAUCAGAGUGAAAGAGAAUGGUACUAUCAUUCUACCCUGUUCACUCAGCAGCAAGCAGGACAUUUCUUCACAGCUCUUUGACUGGAGGAAAGAUCAUCGCAAAGCUGAUGAGAAGCAGGUGUUCCAGUAUAAUGGACGUGAUCCUUCCAAUAUCAUCAUUACAAAUAAAGAUAAACGAGUCUCACAUUUUCCAGAUAAACUGAAGUCAGGCGACGCCUCCAUAACGAUCAGAAACACGAAGGUGGCUGACAGUGGGGUCUACACCUGUAUAUUUCCAGAUCUUAAUCCAGAACAAAUAUUCCACAUGAAGCUUAUUGUUGGUGAUUUAAAAGACAGAACAGGUGAAAACAUCCCAGGUUCAGCUCUAAAACCAUACAUCAUAUCACUUAAAGAAACAAAGGACUGGGCACGGCUGCAGUGUGAGGCUCAUGGUAAUCCUCAGCCUGAGUUACUCUGGCAGGACAGUGAUGGAAACAACCUUAAAGCUGAGGAGCCUCAGGUUUCAACACAAGGAGACCAAUUCAACGUCACCCUCCAAAUAACUGUGAACAAGACCGAUCUCUACCGCUGUGUAGCUACUCAGGACGAGAUUCGCCAUCAGAUUUAUGCAGAGACCCACAAGUAUAUUCACGAUCCAGAGUCCAUCACAGACUUGUACUUGUGAGCCUCGGC